AGCUCAGCCCAGCCGGGGGGUUCUCAGGUCGGGGCUCAGACGAUCCCAGUGCCCCCCCGGCCCCGGAGAAGUCUGUGAAUCUCCCCCACGGGCUGGGAGCUGCGUGGGGCUGUAACGCACGGGGGAGCCCAGGGCGGAGCUGGGGGGGGCUGCGGGUCGGGAGUGAGGAGCACUGUGUCUGUCGCCCCCUGCAGGCUACGCCCGGAUCCUUCUCCUCUUCGUCGCCUUUUAUUUCAUGCCGAGCGACCCCGGCCCGGCCGCCGCCUCCUACCUGCUCAGCGGCCUGCUGGACGCGUUUGACGGCCACGCGGCCCGGGCCCUCAACCAAGGGACCCGGUUCGGCGCCAUGCUGGACAUGCUGACCGAUCGUUGCGCCACCAUGUGCCUGCUGGUGAACCUGGCGCUGCUGGACCCGCCCCGCGCCCUCCUCUACCAGCUCAGCAUGAGCCUGGACGUCGCCAGCCACUGGCUGCACCUGCACAGCUCCGUGGUUCAGGGCAGCGACAGUCACAAGAGCAUUGACCUGACGGGGAAUCCGGUGCUGCGCGUGUAUUACACCUCGCGGCCCGUCCUCUUCCUCAUGUGUGCAGGCAACGAGCUCUUCUACUGCAUGCUGUACCUGCUGCACUUCACCGAGGGGCCUGCAGUGCUCCCCGGACGCCUGGGUCUUUUCCGUCUCAUCUUCUGGGUCUCGACUCCCAUCGCCGCCCUCAAGUCCCUCAUCAGCCUCGUGCACCUCGUCUCUGCCUCAUGCAACAUGGCUGCCCUGGACAUGGCCGAGCGGGCCAAGAAGAAGUAGCAGUGGGCGAGGGGGAGGCUGGCAGAGACAACGCCCCCCACCCCCCAGUCCUGAUGGGACCAGCCCCUCCUCACUGGGGUGGGCUCCCCUCAAGUGGCUAGAAACCCACCAAUCGCAGUGUCGUGUGCUUGUGGCGCUGGCGUGAUGUUUCCCACAAUGCUUUGCAGCGGGGGCGCAGAAGUCCUGCCAAACUUGUAGCCUCCGUCCCCCCCUCCCACGAUGCUUUGUGCCCUCUGGGGAGGUGGGGGGGCAGGAUUAACUGAGCGGGGACCAUAUUUAUCCCAGAGGUCCAC